AUGAAUGUUCAACCAAAGGUUGUCACUCAGCCACAGGUGGUGGCGACCCAGCCCAAGACAAACAAUUGGCAAACGGACGUAUGUGACUGCUUUAGCGAUUGUGGAGUCUGUCUCUGUGGAAUGUUCUGCUUCCAUUGUUUGUCAUGCCAGGUUGCUACAGCUAUGAAUGAAUGUUGUUGCUGUGGUGCAACUGUGGCCAUGCGAGCUGUCUACAGGACAAAAUACAAUAUCCCUGGAUCCAUCUGUGGGGAUACCUUCAUUGUGGGGUGUUUGCCUGCUUGUUCUCUCUGCCAAGUCCAGAGAGAUAUCAAAAAAAGGAAAGAAAUGGGGAUAUUCUAGAAGACUUCCUCCUAAGCUCCUUUACAUUUGUCCUUUUUUCAUUAGAAUUCUGAGAAGUAAGAUGCAGUAGAGUAGUUUGUAGGAAGUAUUGUUAUUUGGAGGCACCCUUGCUUUAUUCUUAACCCAAAGAUUACAUUUUAGCAC